AUGAACAAAUUAGAAUUGCCCACUGAUAUUGAGAAGAAUGAGUUCUUUGAUGAGGAUGCCAUAUCAAAAUCCACGAUAUAGGCUGUCAAUAAUUCAUUUGAUAAAGAACAACUAGACGAACAGAUUGAGAGACCAUUUACACCUGUAGAUACUUAGAUUGAGAUGAUUCCGAAAGAACAAUGUCCACAUUGCAAACGAUAAUUCUUUCAAGGUCGUCUAACAUUACACUUACGUAGUUGCACGGCUGAACAUCCCUUUGUAAAGAAAUCCAAGAAAUAAAAAACUUAAACCUUGCACACCCAACCCACUUAAUUGCCAUGUCCACAUUGUCAUAAGAAAUAUAGGAAUUUAAAGACACACACAUGUUAGACUAGAACGAAAGCACUGGAUAAAUAUAAAGUGGUGGCUUAAAUAAAUGAAGAAGAAGAAGCAGAUGAAACUUUGAUAUAGGAACUGUCCUCAAGUCAGCCAUCCUUCCUGCCCAAAAUAAAACAAAGAGUUGAAAAUAUAUUAUCACGUUCAGUGCCCAUAGUUAAGUGUCCAUAAUGUUAGAAGACAUUUGAACAAAAAGCAUAUGAAAAGCAUAUCAAUCUUUGUAUACGCAUGAAUAGUGGAAAUAAAUUUCAACGUAGUAUUUUCUGCACAAAUUGUGGCAAUAAAUUCGCCAACAGUCACAAAUACUGUGGUUCAUGUGGUAAAAAAAGACUAUGA